AUGGCAAAGUUAGCUAUGCUAGUUUUUAUGCCUUUCACUGGUAUCAAGCUGCCAUCACAGCAGUUGGUCACCGCAGAAGUUCUAUUGUUUUUUGCUUUUGAACAUAAACUCACUACAGAAUUGUUAGUUGUCUCAUGCACAUGUCAGCUAUUUUGUUUCUCAUUGAAUCCCUCUUCAGAUGGUAGUGGUGGCAGAAAACAUCCUUCUGAAAAGGAAAAUGGAGUCAAUCAAGUUCCAGACAAGGGUGUUGGGCUCUCGUCCUUGCCCACCUCUCAGGAGUCAAAAAAUAAAGAAGUCCUUCCUUCCACGAGCCCUCAAUCGGUCAUAACCAAUGGCCCCCUUGAUGUGGCUCCUGGGAGUAUGGGUGUUGUACGUGCUCAUUUGUCUCCAGUAAGUUUGGACAACCAGCCUGGAGAGGGCUCAUCGACUGACAUGAGUAAGUUGAACGGUCCACCACCACCUCCACAUCCGGUCAGCAUGAUGGAAAAACCUCCCAUUGACUUUGUGACAGGAGAUGCUCAUGGGCAUCUCACAUCAAGCUCUAGCAGCAACUCAAUUGCUGGGACCCAGGCAACUUUGCCUGGAGUCUAUUUCUCAGCUUCAAAUCCUGUCCUGGUGAUUCUUGGCUUCCCGGAGCUGUAG